AUGCCUUUUCUUGGCUCCUCUCCAGACCUGUCCCCCAGUGGGUCAGACACACGAUCUGAGUACGAUGCGUCUCAACAGGCUCAGCACAUUAUCAAAGAUGAUGACUAUGCCGCCAAGAUGCUCCCCGGGAGCAAUGAGAAGCCGCUCAGUCAACAACUUGAGCCUAUUGCUGUAGUAGGCAUGGGAUGCCACCUGCCGGGCCAUGUACGGUCCGCAUCGGGCUUCUGGGAUAUGAUGAUGUCGAGUAGGUCAGGGCAGACACCCAAGGUGCCAAAGAGUCGAUUCGAUAUCGAUGCACACAUCCAUGAAAACAACGAUCGGCCUGGCAGCUUCAGCGUGCUGGGAGGUUAUUUUCUGGAUGAAACCCUCCACGAAUUCGACCCUUCGUUCUUUGGCAUAACCCCAAUCGAAGCCAUGUGGAUGGACCCCCAACAACGCAAGCUGCUCGAGGUCGUAUAUGAGUCUCUCGAAUCAGCGGGAGUUACGCUUGACGACAUUGCCGGAACAAAGACUGCGGUAUUUGCCGCUUGCUUCACAGCUGACUUUCAACAAAUGUGCUUCAAGGAGCCUGCUUUCCGCCAUUCCCUUGCCGCAACCGGUGUCGAUCCAGGAAUCCUGAGCAAUCCAAUCAGUCACGUCUUUAACCUGAGAGGGCCAUCUAUCGUGGUAAACACUGCUUGCUCCUCGAGCGUUUACGCUUUGCACAAUGCUUCUAACGCUUUGAGAAAUGGCGAGUGUACCGCUGCAAUCGUUGCUGGUGUGAAUCUGGUCUUGGCGGUCGAUCAGCACAUGAACACCGCGAAGCUUGGCGUGCUGUCACCAACUUCGACAUGUCAUACGUUCGAUGAAUCAGCAGAUGGCUAUGGCCGUGCUGAAGGCGUGGGUUCGGUAUAUCUCAAACGCCUUAGUGAUGCCAUUCGUGAUGGGGAUCCCAUCCGCGGUGUCAUUCGAUCAAGCGCCACCAACAACAAUGGACGCGUGCCUGCUGUCGGCAUCACACAUCCCAACCUGGAAGGCCAAGCUGAAGUCAUAUCUACAGCCUACAAGCGUGGGGGCGACCUUGAUCCGCGAUUGACGGGGUACUUCGAAUGCCACGGCACAGGCACAGCUGUCGGUGACCCGCUUGAAGUACGCGCUGUGUCUCUUGCUAUGAACCAGUCCAGGCAGCACAAUGACGGUCCGCUGAUGAUUGGGGCCGUCAAGACUAACAUUGGGCAUAGUGAGGCAGCUUCGGGGCUGUCUGCACUGAUCAAAGGCAUUUUGACUGUCGAGAGGGGCAUUGUACCGCCCACACAUGGCCUGGUGAAACCGAGUCCCGCCAUCCAAUGGAAAGACUGGAAAGUCACAGUACCGGUGGUACCCUCGCGAUUCCCCAACUUGCCUCUCAAAAGAGUCAGCAUCAACUCUUUCGGUUACGGAGGAACCAAUGCUCACAUUGUCGUGGAGAGCGCGGACUCUCUCUUGGUCCAGAAGCAAUCCUACAAGUAUUUAGUUGAUACCGACAAGACGAUGAAAUUACCAAGAGGAGCCUUCAAACGCAGUCGGAACCACCUUCUUCUCUUUUCCGCUCAUGAUAAGUCAGCUUUGCAGAGAAAUUUCGCUGCCCAUAGUGAGGUCGCCAAAAACUACGAGCUCUUAGACCUGGCCUAUACACUAGGCAACCGGCGUACAGCAUUUUCAAGCCGCGGCUACACAGUUGUCAGUCCAAUGACACAACGCCAGACCAAUUUGGGCGAGUUGGUUGUUGCCGAAAACAAGAAGACGCCAACAAUCGGCUUCGUGUUUACAGGGCAAGGCGCGCAAUGGGCUCGUAUGGGCGCGGAACUCAUGACCUACUACCCAAGCUUUCUCCACAGUAUUCGAAUGCUUGACAUGGCUUUGGACGAGCUUGAAGAUGCACCUGACUGGACUAUUGAGGACACCCUUCUCCUUCCGGAUGACAUUUCCCCAGUCAGCGAAGCCGAAUAUGCCCAGCCACUCACUACUGCUAUUCAGAUUGCUCUUGUGCAGCUACUUAGGCUGUGGGAUAUUACGCCUACUGUCACGGUGGGCCAUUCAUCAGGAGAAAUUGCGGCAGCUUAUGCUGCCGGAUAUAUCUCUGCAUCACAAGCGAUUGUUUUUGCGUACUACCGCGGCCUUGUCGUUCGAGACGUCAGCAACGAAGGCGCAAUGCUUGCUGUUGGUCUCGGCGCUGAAGCAGUCGAGCCGUACUUGAUCGAAUCGAAGGGCAAGGUCCUUGUAGCUUGCCACAAUUCUCCAGCUGGAGUCACUUUAUCAGGAGACACACCUGCAAUUGCCGAGAUCCAAAAGAAGCUAAGCGAAGACAAUGUGUUUGCGCGGCUAGUCAAGACAGGCGGAAAGGCAUACCACUCUCAUCACAUGGAGCCCGCUUCGGCCAAGUAUGAGAUGUACAUUCGCCGUGCUAGAGAAAUAUCCAUGCAAUUGGAUAUUCCGCUGAGGACAAACGCCAAAAUGGUGUCCUCUGUGACAAACAGCGUACUUCCCAGGGAUGCUGUUUUGGAUGAAGUCUAUUUCAGCAAGAACCUGAAGCAGCCUGUUCUCUUCAACCAAGCUGUUCAGUCAAUUUUGACCGACCCCAUGCUUGCAGAUGUCAACACGCUGAUUGAGAUUGGUCCACACAGCGCAAUGGCCGGGCCAAUCCGCCAGAUCAAAACAGCUUUGGGUCUAUCUCAGCUCGAGUAUUUGCCGUCCUUGCUCCGUGGCCAAGAUGCUGCGUCGCAGAUGUUGAAGCUUGCAGGAGAGCUUUUCUUACGAGAUUAUCCUCUAGAUCUUGCCACGGUCACAGCGGAGGAGAAGUCCAGCAAGAGUGGCAAAAUCGAUCUCAUGCAUGGUCAUCUGAUCGUCGACCUGCCGCCUUACCAGUGGGGCAAGAAAGCCUAUUGGGCUGAAGCGCGACACAGUGACGAGCUUCGUCAUCCAAAAUAUCCACGUCAUGAUCUUCUUGGCUCCAUGCUCCCAGGAGGCUCCUUAUCUGAACCGACAUGGCGCAAUGUGCUUCGCAUUCGGGAUGUGCCUUGGCUAGUAGACCACUCCUUGGGUGGUGAGGCUGUUUUCCCGGCUGCUGCUUACUUCUCAAUGGCCAUGGAAGCAAUAACACAACUUACCGAGACUAGAGGUGAGAAUGUUCACAUCGCCAACUACGUGCUCCGGGAUGUGACAAUCGAAAAGGCUCUGGUCACUCCAGACGAUGACACAGGCAUUGAAGUACUGUUCAGCAUGCGACGCGCAAACCAUCUAGAGGACGAUGAGCAGCGUCCUUGGUGGAGCUUUAAUGUGUCUUCCAUCAACCAAGAUGGGUUGACCAACGAUCACAUGAGUGGCAGCAUCGCAAUCAAUGCUCGUGCAGAGCGUCCUGCACCAAGACCAUCCCUUCAUCUUCCCCAGCGAGCGUCUGGGAGAGAAUGGAAUCGAGCUCUACGCUCGGUUGGAUUCGAUUAUGGUCCAACAUUCGCCGACAUGACCGACAUUGAGUUCAAUGGCGUUGAUUUCAUCUGCCAGAGCAAGACGCAAGUCAAAACCACGGCUGGAAAUAUUAUUGGCGAAUCUCGUCAUGUACUUCACCCGGCAACCGUCGAUUCAUGCCUCCAAUUGAUGAUUGCCAGCAUCUUUGCUGGAAGAACACAAGCAAUGUUUGCGGCUAUUGCACCCACUCAAGUCGACGAGGUUUCUAUCUGGCCACCUACAAGGGAUCAACUGAAUGAAGGCUUUGCCACAGCCUGGACAGACGAGCGCGGGUUACGAUCAUUCGUCUGUGGCAAUCAACUGGUGGCAAAGAAUGGCCAAGUUUUGAUGGAGAUGAACAAUAUGCGCGGCACCCUUUACGAAGCAGCUGUUCCCCAGUCGUCUCUGGCUGACAUGAAGUCAAUGCCUUAUGGUAAGAUGACAUGGAAGGUCGAUAUUGACUCGCUCAAAACCGUUGAGAGUGUUGAAAAGUUCAUCGAACUGGCUCAUUUCAAGGACCCUACUGCCAAGAUUCUAGACACUACCGGGUCCAUACGCCUAAACCUUCUGGAAAGGUUCCCCGAAAUGUACUACACAAUCAUCAUGGCAGAUGCCAACGACACAGAGAACUACAUGAGCCGGUUCAAGAAUGCCAAGGCUUUCACAGCUGGUGCUAAUACCAGUCUUCUUGACCAAGGCCUUGAGAAAUCAGCGUAUAGCGUAGUCAUCGCUCCGCAAGAUAACGCUAACAUUUCAGAGCUUUCUCAGAUGCUUUCUUCAAAUGGCAAGCUUCUCCUGGAGUCUGACAGAUCCCUUUCUCAACUGGGCUACGCCUCCACAGCUGUACCGCUCACAAGCGUUGCAGAUGUCAGCGCUCAUGUCAUUGUGCUGGACCUCUCCAAAUCCAUGCUUGUCAACUUGACACAGCCCGAGUUUGAGGCUCUACAAAAGCUUCUCGAUUCAGCCCACACACUACUUUGGGCUACCUCUGGAGGUCUCUUGGAUGGAAAAAUCCCAGAGGCGGGCAUGGCUGCGGGGCUCUUGAGAGUCAUCCGAGCUGAGCAAGCCAGUAUCAAUGUUGUAACCAUUGAUUUCAACCCCGAUAAUACCACGACUGCUCAAGCUGCAGAUAGUGUUGCGGCAAACGUUGCGCGUCAGAUCGAGGAUCCCGCCAGGGUCGAGCACGAAUACUGCAUUUCAGGUGGUCAGACCUACAUCAGCAGAUUAGAACCGAAUGAGGAAGUCAACGUUGUCGCGACACUUGACAAGCAAGGGCCAGAAGAGGUUUUGCUCGAUGCCAACAUGCGCCUCGAAGGCGACGUCCGAUCUGGCCAAGUGGUUUUCAAUCGUAUCAAUGAGCAGCCUAGGAUCGCUUCCGACGCCGUCGAAGUAGCUGUGACCAUGACUGGCUUGAAUAAGGAGGGCGUCCAGGUGAUCAACGGGACUGACACCAGCACACUCUUUAGUCACGAGAUUAGCGGUAUUGUUCAGCGUCUUGGAGAUUCUGUACGACAAUUUAGUGUCAGCGAUCGCGUCGUUGGCUUCAGUUUUGAUCAUCUUAGCACUCACCAAGUGGUGCCCGCAAAGAUGCUACAGAAGCUUGAUGAAGAAGAGUCUACACUAGACAUGGUUGGUCUACCCAUGCCGUACGCCACUGCGCUUCACGGGUUGAAGACUUUGGCCGCUGUCCAGCGCGGCGAAAGAGUUCUUAUCCUCGAAGGCACCGCUCCUGUAUCUGGCGCAGCCGUUGAAGUAUCGUAUCUGUUGGGUGCCAUCCCAUAUGUUGCGACUGCAAGUCGAGAAGAAGCCGAACGUGUCACUCAGCAGUUCAGGCUCGGCCGCGAUCAGGUUUUCGCAUCCGAGGAGGAGUUGUUCAUGUUUCUGCGCCGUUACAGCCAUAGGAGUGAUGUGGAUGUUGUCUUCAGCUCCGCGGCGACUCACGAGAGCGCCACUCGCGAAGCCUGGCGUACCAUAUCGUCGUAUGGCCGCUUCGUUAGCUAUGGCAAGAAGAGCGCGCACAAGCGUACCGCCAUCGAUCCAGUGCCCUUCUCUCGCGGUGCAAAUUACUAUUCUUACGACAUUGUCGAUCUCUACAACCAAAAACCGGUGGUUGUGGCGAGCCUUCUCGCGGAAACAAUCAAGUUCUACCGCGAGGGCCGAAUUGCAGCCCCACAGAACCUCGUGGUCCGCAAUGUCGCGGAAGUAGACGACGCAGUGAACACAUUUGAGGACAAUUUUAAGGCCGGCAAGACCUUGCUUGAGUACAAGCCAACGGAGAGGCCCGUAAAAGUUGUGCGAGUUUCUGCUGAAUCAAGGCUUGAUCCCGAAGGCACUUACUUGCUUGUUGGAUGCUUGGGUGGACUCGGGCGCAGUCUGACCAUGUGGAUGAUGAAAAAGGGAGCUCGGAACUUCUGCUUCUUGUCGCGCUCGGGUGCCGAUGCUAGAGAUGCUGCUCAGCUGGUCAAAGAUCUCGAGGCAGCUGGUGCGGUGAUCAAGAUUGUGAGAGGGGAUGUCUCGGUUCGCGCAGACGUUCAACGAGCCGUUUCAGAGAUACCUGCUCAUCGUCCAAUCAAGGGAGUUGUUCAUGCUGCCAUGGUUCUCCGGGAUGGCAUCUUCGCUAAAAUGAAUUUUCAAGAUUGGCAAACAUCCAUCAAGCCCAAGGUCUACGGUGCAAGCAAUCUCCAGGCUGUGCUUGGAAACAUCCCUCUUGACUUUUGGCUAAUGACUAGUUCCGUGUCUGGAAUCCUCGGAACCCCAGGUCAGGCCAACUGCGCAGCUGGUAAUGCAUACAUGGAUGCGCUCGCCAGCCACCGUCGCAGUCUUGGUCUGCCCGCUUGUGCUGCCAUCAUCCCCAUGGUCCUUGGUGUCGGAGUUGUGGCUGAGAAUACCGAACUCGAAGCAGCGCUGACCCGCAAGGGCAUGUAUGGUAUUGAUGAAGAACACCUCCUGCGGUCCUUUGAGCUCGCCAUCAACAUGCAAAAGGCUGGUGGGAGCAACAGUACCAUCGAUCACUUGGUCAUUGGUCUUGAUCCUGUCAUGCUUUCACGAGCAGUCAAAGAUGCCGGCAAUGUCGAGCCAUUCUACAUGGCUGAUGAGCGGUUCCGCACCCUGGUGCACAACAUGAACGGCAGUACGGCCAUGGGUGGCGAUGCUGGUGCCAAUGUUUUGGCUUCCAUGCUGAGUGCAGGCACGCCGGCCGAGGCUAUACAGAUGGCUCGUGACCAUAUCGUUGGCAAAUUGUCGCGCAUGUUGUUACUAGAUCUUGAUGUUUUCGAGGGCGAUGGUCGUUCCAUUGCAAGUUACGGAAUUGAUAGUAUGAUUGGUGCGGAGUUGCGCAACUGGAUUUUCAAGGAGUUUGCAAUGGACAUUCCGUUUCAGCAGCUUUUGGGCCCGACGCUGACGACAGUUGAGUUGGGAAAGAAGGUUUGCAUCAAGCACGGUAUCUUGAAGGAGUAG